GUAAAUAAUAGAAAGACUUUAUUAAAUUAUUUCUAGUUUAUUAUAUAAAUGAGUAAACACAAGGACCAAUAUGUUAAUCAGAAUACAUCUCAAAACUUAACUCAGCUAGGACUCAAUGAAGAGGAAAAAUAUGAUAGCAUGAAGAGCAAAUCCAACCGCACAAGUUUCGAGUUUAAUUUUCAACAACAAGAAAUGAAUGAGGCAACCUACAUAGAAUCCAAAAGACAGAGACCAAAAAUAGAGGAGUAAUGUCUUUGAAUCCCACUUUUUUAUUGUAUUUUAUUUAUGAUAGUUUUUAAUUUUAAGCAAAAUCCUGCAAAAUCAGAAAGAAUGAGGAACUAAAUCCUUUUAGGCAUUAUGAAUUUCCUUGUCCUGAC